ACUGCCCCUAAAAAUAACGAAUCGAUAUUCGCUCACUGCCCCCGAAUCGUCGGCCGGUCACCUCGUACACGAACAAUCAAUUUAUUGUAAGAACGAAUUCUUUCCAUGUUUCGUCCAAGUAUUUAUUACGAACACAAGCAUAUAUAUUUUAGCGUCAACGUUAAAAAAAUUGGUAUGGACUAUCACUAGAUGUUGAGUAAGUGAAAAUAAUAAUUAAAGCGAUUCAAAACGCAUUUUUCAAACAUUCUUCUGUGGACUUUGAGUUUUAUUUUAUUUUUAUUUUGAAUAUUAAAGUAACAUUAUUUAUUCUGAGGUGCAUUUUAUAAAAAAAACAUUAGAAAUCAAAAUCAAAUACCUUCGUUAAGUAUACUUAAUGUUCCAAUGCAGUAUGCCUUAAUUUAUGUUCAGUCGUAGACAAAGUAAAACAUUGUAAAUUGUCCAAACAUUAAAAUUACCCACUGUAUAUCCGUCGACCAGUAAAGUAAUAAGUAGUUAUUUCGAUUUCAAAUAAACAUUGCUAAUUAUUAUAUCAAGCCAAUGUAAGGGAAUAGGCUUUAAAAAAUCUUUGUCGACGCGAUACGAAUUGGAGUAGUAGGAUCUAUUACGAUUCGCGUGCACACGUGUAUCCACACCGAGCGCGGUCAUAAAUAUACACGUACCCAUGUGAUGAUUACGUCAGUACCCGGUUGCAGUCUGUGCUCAUCGUAUUGCGACACUCUUCAACGAGCAGUUUCAUGUUCCAAGGUCUUUUAUGCGAGUUCACUUUUCGAGUCGAACAAUGGACUAGUAAUAUUGCCCCCUCGGGCCACGCUAGGAGCGAUACUCGCGUAACGGGAAUUUUCUCUGCUUUCCAUUUGAAAAUUGGGCUUUCCAGACCGCAGACUAGGAUUCCUUUGCGAUAGUAUCGCGGCCGAUAUCGUUCGAAAAGAUACUCGAGCGCGGAGCCUUUGCCACGAAUCGAGAAUAAAGUGAUCGAACACGAGUAAGAUCGAGAGAUCGAUAGGCAUGAUAUAUCUCUUCGAGGCACACGAUUUCAAAGAAAAAUAAAACAACCUGCACGAUAGAACAGUGCCAACAGUUUACUAAUGCGUUUUGAGUUGGAUAAAUUGUUAUUUUUGUAUAUUUAACAUUUAAUGGUUGUUUAUAACGUUGCCAACCGAAUGGGAAAAUUGAGAUUAAAUAUUCAAGUUGAACGAAAGGUGGGGUAGCUUUUAACCCACCUAACUCCAAAGAGAUAUAUCGAAUGGACACGCCUGGAAAAAUCGUCCUAUCGUGACGUGGACGGUUCGUUUUAUUUUUAACAUCUUAAAACGGUAACGGUCGAGUAACGUUCAAAUAAAGCAUGCUAAAGUGUAGUAAAGCUUUUAAUAAAUAUAAUGAGAGAAUUUGGUACAAGGGAACAUAAUGCGAGCAAAUGUUGAGAAAGGAAGAAAUAGAUCUAACUUACUAAUACUCAUAAUUUUUGUCGUGUGUGUUUUUUAAUAUAUACAAUAAUUGUUUUCUUCAAUUGCAACAACAAAUAAUUCCUCAUUUACAUUAUACAACCAUACCUGUAUACCUGUGACACCCUGAUACAUAAAUGUCACACUUCUUUUCAAACAUCUACAUACCUCAAACGAGUGCAGUAUAUAUCUGUCAUUGCUUGGAAGGUCAGUUUCUUAUCUUUACAUUUUCAUUCUUAUUACAUACAUUCCUGUCUCUAUGUUCCGUUCAUUUUUAUAUCUCUGUUAUCCUUCCGGAAGUUUUUCCUAUAUUCCUACACCUCCGAAGGAGGCCACGCUUUCAUACUCUCCAUUAUGAGCUCUGAGUGAGUUCACUCCAAUUAAAGAAAUCAAACCCACGUGUCUAUUGUUCGUUACAGAUCGCAAACACUUCCGUCAAAUCCCGAAGCUGAUAUCCAAUCAAAAACGUUCAAACACCAGUGAAAACCUUCCCAAAACGUACCCAUUCGAUUAAAAUUCCGCUAUCAACGAAUACUAACUCUCCCGAAAGGGGGAAAAGGCGAAUUGCACCUGUUGUCGUUCGCACCGAGGAUAUAGACCUUCACGGACCGCUAGAUUUAAGCGUCUUCAUCCGAAAUUGAAAAUCUUGGAAGAGGACGAAAAUUUUCUCGGGUAAUACAAUGUCGAAUCUGAAAUGCGUAAAAAAGAAGCAGGGUUAGGUCGCCGGGGGAGGGGCAAAAGGGAAGGUCCCUUCUUCUCGCGAACGUCCGAUCAGGCUACCGAGAAGCAACCCCUUGUAAACGGGAGGGUUCAGGGUGGAUAAAGCUGCUGGGUACGCCGGUGGUAAGGGGUUCGUGGCUAGGGAGGGUGCCAGCGAAUGGAGGGGGAGGGGGGUGUCUGCUUCUGCGAAUGUGUUCGCGGAUGCGGGAUGUGUGUGUGUGUGUGUGUGUGCGUGUGUGUGUGCGUGCGCCAUACGCUCAGGGAACAGUUGAUGUUAGAAAGAGAGAAAUGAGACAGACGUUUCGGUAUGGUACAUUGAGCGAGACAAGGAUGAGGAAUUGAAUGAAGAGAGAAACUGAUAGAGAGACAGCGGGCGUGGGAGAGGGACAGAUAACGGGAGGGAGAGAGAUCGAAAUAUGUGAACAGGAGAGGAAGAAAGAGAUGGAUAAUGAAGAGAGAGGUCUCUCCCCAUGAUACGCGUACACACAUCCUGGUCCCUUAUUCCCCCGUACGUGCGAAGGGGGUUUCGAGAGACCAGCAACGGUGGAGCCACGACGACAACGAGCCACAACCACGACGGCGAACACGACUACUACGACACCGCGUGGGGGUUGCACGAAGACCCCCUGGUGGGGUUCUGGCUGCCGACCCCACAGUCCCCCGCUGGAAAUGAUAUCAGUCGCGACUCGGUCGAGGGAGCCCCAGCACGCGCGUGCCCCUUGCAGAGUGAGCUCAGCUCGCUUGCUCGAUUCUCCAACUCGUCAGUUACGUUCGCGUUAGAUUUUUCCACGACGGUGAGUGUUUUCGCACGAAAUACUUGCUGUUCCAUCCGGGGGGGCAGAGAAAAGGGUGUACACACACGGUGGUCGUGAAGGAAGGAACGAAACAGACGUCGACACGGUGUAAACGUCAGUCUACCCCGAGCUUUUUGGGAGCGUGCUCUUACUGGUUGAUUCCGGUGGCCCGUCGCGGCGAGAACGAUUUUUAAAAACUUUUACCCAUUGGAGGAAAUCGGAAGAGGUGACUCAACGUGCUAUAAUAAUGGGCGAGAAGACGUUCAAUCUCACGUGGAACAAUCACCUGGCGAAUUUGUCUGGAUUAUUUGAAGGACUGUAUAAGAGUGGUUCUUUGACCGACACGACCUUAGCUUGCCAGGGUGGCAUGCUGAGAGCACACAGAUUAGUGUUGGCAGCAUGCAGCCCUUACUUCGAGCGAGUUUUUAAAGAGCACUAUGGCGAGCAACCGAUUCUCAUUUUAAAAGGGGUGGCGGUGGAAGAAAUGGAAUGCCUCCUAGACUUCAUGUAUCGAGGCUCCAUCGAUGUCGCCGAGGAGCACUUGCCCUCCCUGAUAAAGACUGCGACGGACCUAGAGGUUCGAGGUCUGUCGGGUGACCAGAGGAACCAGGAAAGCACUCGUAGCCCGUACACCAGAGUCGAGACCCGAAUGCAAUGGCGUCACAUAGAAACCAGGGUCCACACGACCGAAUACAUGAAAGAACCGUCAGUCAUCCCGUUUUUACCCAAACAGUCUUCCGUAGAGUCGUUGGAAGAUCACAUCAAAGUUGAAGAAAUCGAGGUAGAGGACGAUCCAAUGGUGAUCGACGGUCACGAGGAAUCGUUCGACGAACCUGUGCGAACUUCGGAAACGCAAAUCAGGCGCAUGCCACCGCCAAUGUACAAACGGGAGACGAGAUUCAAGGGCCAAAAAAGAGUCUCUGUUGGACGGCCCUCGAGAAGCACCGAGUCACAGGAAUACAAAUCGAAGGAACGGGCAACCCUAAAAGAGGACUCCGCGAGAGAUGACAACUACGAAGAUUCCUCGAGCGCGUCUAAAUUCGACUCGAGUUACAACGGAUCCACAGAUCCCACGGUACCAGACGUAGAGAUGAACGAAGACUUACAAGAACGAGCUGAGAGUCUGGAUUCGUCGAAGAGCGCGGACGAGAGUUCCAGGUUAACGAUGAAGAAGAAGAGCGACGGUCCCUCGAAGAGGACAAGCCUGCACGAUGGGAAAGAGUCCACCAGGCCCAUACUGGCCAAAUCCGACAGGGCGCAAUACAAACCUUUCUCCUGCGACCUUUGCACUCUGGCCUUCACGAGAGCCUCCCACCUGGCUAGACACAGGAGAGUCCACACGGGCGAGAGACCGUUCGCCUGCAGCAUCUGUCCGCGGAUGUUCGCCAGGCAGGACAAGCUGAAGCAACACGUGGACUCGCACAUGCAGUGGCCGAAGAGGAAGAGCAGCCUGUCCAGCACGAGUUGCCAACCGACGAUUUCCCCACCUACUAAAGGAAAGAGGGGCAGACCACGAAAGGUGAACCUAGAACAAUCAGCCAUGGAGGAGAUACUGAAAUUUGGCGAGUUUAGUUCAUUGCUGAACAAAUCUCAUUCGGCGAAUUCGACAGUGAAAAGCGAGGAUUUCACGAUGGACGAUAAGGAGGAGAAGGUCGAAGGUCGAAAAAAAGUUGUCGACGAGCAAAUGGACGAAGAUAAAGAAAAGGACACGGACACAGAUACGGACAAGGAUAAGGAUAAUUACGGUGAUCAGAGCGGAAACGGUCAGGACGAUAGCGUUUAAUCGAUUCUCCUCCAUAAAUCUCUUCUGUAAUUUCUGAGGAAGUGUUUCUCCACGAGUGAGAGGAUUAUAUUCAAAAGAAUGAGAGAAAACUUCGAAUUUUCAUCGAUCGACGACGCGAUCCAGGGGCAAACCAGGUAAAUGGAGAAGACUUUUUUAUUCACCUUCAGUUCCUCGUUUUCUUGAAUCAAAUCUGUUGUUUCCUCUGGUACCAGACCAGUUCCGUUCAAUGAGAAGCUCGCCGUAAUCCCACGAGCCCUGGCACGACUAUCCCAUUGGUCGCCCUGACCUCGCAAAACUCGAAUCACCUGAAAUCGAACAGAAUAGUUUUACACUACAAAAUCCCUUGAAGUAAUAUGGAUUACCUUGGGUCCGAACACGAGAAAGACGGUUACAGAAGUGGAAAGUUGCGUACGCAGGAACCCCAGCAGAUACUUGAUAUCCGGUCCGGCGUGAGGAAAAAUGAAAAGGCUCAGCUAUGUUGUAAAUUGCAUAGCUUAUCAAACGGGCCUCGUUGAAGAGACUUUCUGCGUUGCGAACGUUGUAACAUACUUUGAUGCCCCACGCGAGGAACAGGAUUUCUCCUUUAAAAAAAGGCCGUGUAGGAGAUGCAGAAACCAAGAUGUCUGGUCCACUUGGUGGCGACGCAGGAGUACAUAUCCAAGACGGGAAAUAUGGCGGCCAUCUGAUUGGUUAACAGUAUGUUUGCAUCAAUAUAUAUCGUGUAUAUAAUCACGAUGUUGUAAUAUUGUUAUUUGUGGUGGAGAGAAUUGCAAGAAAAUAUUAUACGUACCUCGAGGUACAUAAUAGCACAACCUAAAA